AUGACGCCUUAUAUACGACAAAAGCUAACCCUCCAUGACCGAUGUCUACUACCUGGUGACAUAGUGAAGUACAACGUCCCCACCCAGACGCAGAAGGGAAUCAUCAAAUCCAUUAAUGUUCUAUGUCAUUUACAAGUGCACAGCACGAGACAGAUGAUCUACAACAUUCCUAGUCAACAGCUAAAUCCAAUUGUGCCAUUUCAGUCUGGUCACCAUGUUGUGAUGGAUGAUUGGGUUGGCUUUGUCAGAGAAAGUUACAACAAUGUUGUGGUGCGCUUCAAGAGCGACGCCAGAUGUUCCGUGUGUGAGGAUAGUGCUUGUCGUCUUGUGGAUGUUCAUGACAGCAGUGAUGAGAAUUCUGUCUUUGGAGAAGAGGUAGGGUUCUUUCCAGGCCAGGUCCUUCAGGGUCCGGCAGCUGUCUUCAAAGGAGCCAAAUGGCUUGGGGGACCACGUCCAAUCCUUGGCAGCAAGACCCGGUUCAGAGUCACCGUGGAUGAGGUGAAGAAUACUGGUCUGGAUGUCCAGUGGUGUUCAAGGGCAAUAACCAAGAACACAGAUGACCUCAAGCCACCACCAAUGUGCAUUAAGGGCAAGAAUCUAGAAAGAACGAAGCUGUUAAACUUCAGUGCCCAUGCCAGUGUUCAGAUAGGAGAUAAGUUCAUGUACAAAGUCAAGGAAGAGGACAUUGGUUACCCAGAAUCUAUUACAAAAGGUUCCUUACUGUCCUUUAGGAAGCCUGAUGACGAAGGUGUCGCAGCCAAGCUAGAGGGUGAUAUGAACUCUGUUAGAGAGGACGUGGACAGUGAGAACAAAGACAGCAUACCAUCUGUCAUUAAGGAAGCUCUGCAGGGAUUGGGUAUUCUGGAGUUAAAGAAAGCCAAAGAUGUUGUGACAGAAGAUGCAUGUACAGGAGGUGUGCCAGAAUCAAAAGAAGGGCAGGUGGAUGAAGCUGUAUUAGGGGAUGGAUGUAAAGUGAGUGGAGGUGAACAAUCAGUGCAAUGUGGGUCAGGUGAAUCAGCAGCCUCUUGCCUCAACUCUGCUACAGGUGAAAUGGGUCUGGAAAGUAAUCAGGUUGCAGCUAGCAAAUUGACUACACAACAAAUAUCAAGUAGAGCUCGCUGCAACAAAGAAAUCUUGAAAUGUCUUAAUUCAUAUGACCAAAUUUUGUAUGAACUGGAGAAAGCUAGAGUUGACGACCCAGCAUCUUUGGAUGAGAAGGAAAUCAUUGUGAGGCAAGCGCAGAGAAAUUUACGCAAUCUACCUCGUCCCGAGGAUUUAGCAAGGGCUUUUCUCAAGCCUGCCUUUAAUCUUGUGAAUGGGGACGAAGGGAAUACUGAAGUGUCUGAGUCAGACCAAGAACGUGCAAAAAAACCCAAAGACCGUCGACUACGCAGAGUGCUCAGUAACUUUGAGAAGAUACAUGAAGAAUUAGAAACAUUACAGGGAUCAUUGAGUGGGCUUGCAUCCGGAAGCUUGCCCUUAGAAUCUUACAACAAGUUGUGUGCAGACACUCAAAAAGAUAUGCACGAUCAGAUCAAAUUGCUGGGGAAGGUCUGUCAAAGUGUAUUUUUUCCUGUAGAGGCAGCUGGUGGAGAAGAUGUACACUCUGACGCAGAAGGGAUUCCAAACAAACAGUCAGAGACUACCAAAAGAGAGAAAGAAGAAGGAGUAAUAGAUGAUGUUUCCUCUGGAGAUGAUUUGGAGUGGGAGGAGGAUGAAGAGCUGGAAGGAGAAGAAGAAGAUCAAGCAGAGGAGAUUGAAGAGGAUGGUGAACAAGAGCCUGUUAAUGGAAAAGAGCAAGGAGAAGACACUGAUUCUUCAUCCAAAGCCAAGUCCAAGACUUCAUGCCAGAACUCUCUUGCCAAAUUAGCCAAGCGGCAAAUGAGCUCCCAACCAAAGAAGCGGAAAGAACGAGCAGCCAGAGGGGAUCCCAUCCAUCCUGGUCAAUGGGUGUGUGUCGAGGUCACCCAUACGUCGUCUAUAGUAGAUGUCCUAUGGCAGGAUGGUACGUACGAAAGCAGUAUCGUAUCUACUGAUGUGGUUCCGUGCAGACAGCUAGAUGAGCUGGAGUUCUUCCCAGGAGACUUUGUCAGUCUUAGUAAAGACGAGCCAAAGUGUACAGACGACCGUCAGUUGCGACUCUGUUUAGAACCAGCCAGCCAUGACACCAUGGCAACUGACGUCACACUUCGGAACUCUAUUGUAUCACCAGAAGCAAAUGAGGAAGGAUAUGGUGUUGUUACCCAGGCUGACAACAAAGAAAGGACAUGUGGCAUCAACUGGAUAACAAGAAAUCCCGAAAACCCUUCACAGCCCAUCAUAAGAACUGAGGAGCACAGUGUCUACGAGCUCUCACCCCAUUCAGACUUUGUAUUCAGUACGGACGAUGUGGUCAUUAGGAUCGCCCACAACUCAAAAGAAGAAGAAUCUGCAAAAGAUCUUCCUCCUGCAGGCCAGGUCCGUCAAGUAAACAACGAUGGCACAAUCACAGUGAGAUGGGUGGAUGACACCAUGUCAAAGGUGUUUCCUCAUCAACUCUUUAGAAUAGAAGAGGAGUUUGACUCUGAGCUUUCUAUUACCGACUUCCUGGAAGCAGCAAAGGAGAUGAAUGAGGAAGAAAGGGGAGAUGGUAGCCAUGACGACACCUCAUCAGAUAGCAGCUGGGAGACGGCCAGUGGCGAGUCAGGCCAUGAAGAAGAUGAAGAGAAGGAUGUAUGUGAGGAUGAAGACGUGUCCCAUGCUGCUGAUGACUCGGUGACCAUCAGUAGAACAGAGCCCCCGGAUACAGAGGCCCAGAGAACGGGAGAGGUUGAAACGGCUGAUAAAACAGAAGAACCAUUAUCAACUAACAGUGACUGCUCAGUACUACAGCAAUCAAGCACAGAAAUUGCAGAGAGCAAAGAACAAGCCAUGGCCCCUAAAGAAGAAAUCACAAAAAGACAGUCUGAAGAACAGAUGGAGCAGAAGAUGGGUGAAAAAUAUGAGGUGAAAAUGAAGCUUGAGGUUACUCCUCCGAUGGAAGAAGAGGUACCGGGUAGCCAAGAUAGAGAACUGAUAUGGGAAGAGGAUGGACUUCAGAGUCCCAAUGCGGCUAGCAGAUUCAUUGUGGUGCCUUCCUUGCCUAGCUGCCACUAUUUUAGCAGUGCCCAGGAACCAACUAACAGGAAAAAGUUCUUACAGACAUGGAGAAAAGAGGUUCGUCUACUCCAGACAGCUCUUCCUCAAGGGAUCCUGGUGAAAGCUUUUGAGGACAGAAUGGACAUGUUCUCUGUCAUGAUUGAGGGACCUGUCAAUACCCCCUAUGAGGAUGGAGUCUUCUUCUUUGAUAUUCGGUUGCUAGGCGACUACCCAAAGACUCCGCCCAAGGUCCACUACCUGUCCUUCUGCAGCGGCCGUCUCAACCCAAACCUGUACAGUGACGGCAAGGUUUGUCUGAGCCUUCUUGGAACUUGGACAGGAAAGGGUAACGAGAUGUGGACUUCAUCGUCUAACCUUCUCCAGCUUUUGGUCUCCGUUCAAGGCUUGAUACUUGUUAAUGAACCAUACUACAAUGAGGCUGGCUACGACAAGCACCGUGGUACGAGAGAGAGCAUUGAAAACUGUAGGAUGUACAACGAGAUGGCACUGGUUAAAUUUGUACAGUCUAUGACCAAGAUGGUAUCAUCUCCUCCAUUCUUAUUCAAGGAAGAAACACUUUUGUUUUUGAAGAAACAUUCUGCAAGGUUGAUUAGACGUCUAGAAUCUUGGCUUGAUCUUGCAUCAAGAUCAGAAGAUAUCCCCAAGGAUGCCAGCCAGCCUGCAGCAGAGGUGUGUCAAGGGCCACCAGGACAGCAAGGGCAAAUGAUGCCUUUGGAUGCAGAAGAUAUAACAGAGGAUGGAGCUUCCAGAACUCUAGAAGAACCUCAAAGUGAUGUCCAGGAAUCAUUGGUACUGCCACCUUCUUCAUCUUUAUCAUCCUCCCCCUCCUCAAAUCAAGAUUUUUUGUUGCAUGUUCAGUCAGAUCCUGCCGCAGAGACGGCUCCAUCUGUCCAGACAGGUCCUAAAGACAUUUAUCCAUCCUCCUCCAUCACUAGCACCUUUCAUGCUAAUUCAUCAUCACCUGAAGCUGCACUUAUAAGUCCUUCUAAAGCUACCACAACCAAGCCAGAAAAUGCCAGCCUGGAACCAGGUCCGAUCCAUAAAUUGGGAAACAUGCCCGAUGGCAACGUCCUCUUGCCUCCGUACGCGCUCUUUCCGUUGUCUAAAGGCUUUGUCAUUAGCUUACAGCAUACCCUUAGCGAGUUCAAAUCUGUGCUAAAGCAAGCCGGUAUCAGUUAACCCAAAAUCAUUUUGUAAGAUAAUGGAAGAUGGCAUUUAGGAGAAUGAUGUUUCUUAGCGCUUUCACUAUCUAGCUGUAUGCAGUAGAUUCAGAAUGUUUGUCCACCCCACUCUGAUGAUUAGCCAAAGUGGAUAGCCCUGCAUCCCGUAACACAAAGGAUGGCAACUAGUCGCUAAAUUAAAUGGCCUAUCUAGACCGUCGUAGACUGACUAGGAACCAACCAGAAUUUAUCUUUCAAAUUAGCGAUUAAUCACUAACCUUUGUGUUAUGGGGCGCUGGCCACAUUUAUAUGUGUCAGGUACUUCCAGCCUUGCUUGACAUUAAUUAUUUGGUUAAAGAUCUGGAACUUAAUAAAAUUUACACUUAAUGUUAUAAUUUGAAAAAAAAUGAUUAAUGUUAGAAAUUUAAUUUGUAUGAAAUAAAAAUCAUAUUUCAGAAAAAUCAACAAUAGCAUUGUAGAUUACUUUGCCUACUGUGAUCACAUGAUUGACGGCCAAGAUCUCAAGAGGGAUUGAUUCAAUCCCCCUCCCUGCCAAAUUACACCAAAAAAGCCUGGCCUUGUUAGGGGUAACAAAUUACUCUGUCAGUCACCUGUUUAAGCCUUAUGUAAUUAGGAGGGGAUGUGAUAAAAAUUAUAUUAAUGUUACUCGGGAAUCAAGUUGAUGCCAUGCCUGUAAAGAAUCCACAAUGUAAGUUUGAUUUAUUUUCAAUUGCUGUGUUCUUCACUGAUUUGUUGAAAACUAAUAUUCUUAUAAUCGUAUAUCACACUUAUACUGGAUUUUAUAUUUACUGCCAAACUGCUGUGGAGUGGCCAUCCCGCUUAAAACUGAUAUCAAAUGAAUUUACAGUGGGUAAUGAAACAAUGCAUUAAUGCCCCAUCAAAUUGCCAUGGUGUAUUUAUAGUGGAAUGAAACGCAAGCUUGCAAAGACACCCACAUAGUGUAAGGCGCGUGGUGUUACUGCAAGAUGUAUCAUGGCUAGUCAAUCAGCGAUUUAUUUUGAUGCAGCGGUUAUUAAUGCGAAACGUUCAGUUUCUCUUUAUUUAUAUUGACCAUUGCCUGGCAGCAGCUGCAGAAUUGCUGUUAGACGAGAACAUGAUUUGAUCAUACGGCUUACGGUUUGCAUGUAUGUAAUGCUGCAUUUAUACCAAGGGUUAGGGUUAUCCAUAUAAGCGCAACCAUAAUGGGAAUCGCAAUCAUUAUCACCAAACUUUUCACAUAUCUAUAAUCAUUUUCAUUAUGAUUGUCAUCAACAUGACCGUGCUUGCUGUCAUGAUUAUUAUCAUCACAUUCGUUAUUUCUUUAUGCCAAUAUUUAUUGAAGCAGUACUAAAGAAUGAUUGUAAAAAAAAAAGAAAAUUAUGAUUCAUUUAUUUCAUGUGAUGGAUUUGAGUUAUAAUGUCUCAUUCUGGGUUGUGUCUAGAUUCUAUAGUCAUAAUAUACAUGUAUACUUCAAUGUCUUUGAGCAUUUGAGGUCAAAUGAAUUAAAAUAAAUUAAUCAUUAUUUUUACCAUGUGCCUGUAAGGCAAGUAGUUACACUGAGUCAAUGUAAUCUUUGACUCUACCCUCCCCCCUCUCUGGACGCUGAUUAGGGAAUGCAUACGUUAACAGGAUCCCCCCCCCCCCCUUUCUGUAAUAUACAGGAAGUGCAUCUGUUCAGAGGGAAGGAAUGCCCCCCCCCGCCAACAAGUUGUGCACGAUUGCUGCCCUGUUUUAAGAAAUACCCCCCCCCCUAUUAGGUUCCUUUUUUGAGUGAGAUCUUUUCUUUCUUUUUCUUUCUUGUCCAAAACUUAGAAUGCAAGACGAGAGAUCCCUGAAAUACAUAAGAAAUUCAUAAGAAAAAACUAUUGUUGUAAGGGAAAUAUCGACUUGAUGAAAUCAUGAUCUGUAUUCAUUUACUCUUAAAAAUUCCUUUAUUUUCAGGGUCAAAAGAUUUAAAACAUUGGACCAGUGUUAUUGCGUUUUAUACUCUGUUAUCAAAAGACUGUAUAUCUGUUAAUUUUUCCUGUAUAUCUGUAACAGUAAUAAUGUACAUGUGGUAUAUAUAUAUUAUUGAAAAUGAUAGUUAUUUAUAUACACUUUUCAAGACUUGCCAUUACAGAGGGAUACCUAUCAUUGUGAAAAUUAAAUUCUGUGAAAAGCCUUUGAAAAUUCAAUUGCUCAUUAAUCAGUCAACCACUGACUUAAAAAAAAAAAAUUAAAUAAUUUAAUAAGCAGUGAUAUUGACUGUAAAGUAAUAGUGAUCAGUAUUUCAAAUUUUAUGUAUACUAAUGUACACUCUACAACUAUAAAUAUAAAUAAAUAAAUCAUUGAUCAGCUAUUUCAGCAUGUCUCGUGAAUAGGAAUAAUUUAGGAGUGUUAAUCAAUUAUAUUUACCUCCGCUCAGCAGGGGAAUCUCUAAGAAUUAACAACAUUUGAAAGAGAUAAACCUCAAUAUUGUGACAUGUGAUUGUUCUAGAGAUUGUUAUAAUUGAUUUUAGACACCUUGUCCAAAGUCAGAGCUGCAUCUUUCCCACAGAAAUCCAGCAGGCAUCUUUCUAUUACAAAUCAUCACAGUCGCCCAAAGAAACAAACACUGCAUGGGGACUGCAGGAAAGCUCUAAUGAAAAGAUGUAUUAUAUCAUCCUAAUAUACUAGUAUCCUGCUGAAUGAUGCAUUGCAGACUUAGGACAAGUUUGCCUUAGUUGUUUGUAAAUCACCCCAGGUGUUCUCCUUUGAAACACCUACAAUUGUAUCCCCAAGAAAGGAUCUUAUCAACAAGAUCAGAUCAAGUAAAUGUUCCAUUGGUGGAAGAAAUGACCUUAUCGCCACACUUUUAGCACAGUAUCACACAGAUUAUGUUGCACAAUGCAUGGAACUAAGGAUGUUCUUGUUCUGACAUGUAAAAUUGAUAUGCGGUGAUAAGGUUCGUUUUUGCACUGAUGGAAUAAAUCAUUAUGAAUGAGCUCUUUUCUUCCAUUCUCCAUAAAGAAACAGUGAUGUUUAUUCAAAUUAGUUUUGAGUAUAGAUUAAUUAUGGGAGGAAUGACAACACUUUGCAUACCAAAUGGCGCAUUGUACUUUGUUGGAGGAACUCCUAUGCAGUGGCGGUUCCAUGAUAUCUGAUUCAGUGACAUUUUGCUCCACUAUAAAUUCCACCCACUAUUCAAAUAACUAACCCUAGGGCCGUAUUCUGAAAAUUGUCUGAAGAGAAAUAUUGCGUUCUGUUAACUUCCUCGCAAAAUCCAAGAAAAUUUACGAGAGGUAGGAGGCUAUUGUUACUUAUUGUUGCAUGCAAUAUUUGUCCAUCUGCAAUAAUCAUUUCUUGCUGCAUCCCGCAAGAACAUCAUGUUUACAAAAGGAGACAUUCCAAAGACAUAACAGACUUUUCAGCAAUUAAAAAUUGUUGUUCGAGACGAUGAAUCAUUUCAGAGAAAAUAUGUCUUUGAGAAGAGCCGCGUGUAUUUUUAGCACAGAAGUGCACAACAUAAGCGUCGGUGGUGCAAGGAAAUUACGCCUCACAUCAACAAUGCACUUCAUUAUUUUUCAGAAGAGAAACUUCUAUUGGUUGACCUAAGCAUAUAACAAGCUUAAUGAUUGGUUCAUGAUGAAAUAUUGGGCGUGUCAGAGAUAAAAUAGGGGACGUCCUUACAGAGAUAAGACAAUUUUCAGAAUACCACUUUAAGAUAAUUUUAGCGAGCUGUUAUCUUGCUGACUUACAAGAAAAGUUAAGACAAUUUUCAGAAUACCACCCCUGGAUUUAACACUAUAACUUACCUUAAGCAUAACCCUAAACCUAACAUAAAACCCUAUUGCAACUCUAACCCUAACUCUACAUCUCAGACGAAAUAAAGCCGGGAGCAAUUUUCACAGGAGCACCACUUUUAGGGAGGGCACCGAAAAAUGAAAAACAAGGGGGGAUGGAAUAAAUCAUAUGGUAUGUGAAUCCUUUGAAAGAUUUAUCUCACAAAACAACCAUAUAACAAAAUAUUGGAUGAUUGCAGGCCUUUAUUUGGAAUAAAGUUCAAAUUGGUUUCAAAUCGUAGCCAGUCGUAUGAUUACUAUGAUAUCAUUAAGACUAGAUAUUCAAUUCGCUUUUUUUCUUAUAAGGAUGGUAGCAUAGUUACGGAUUUGAAUGUAGAUAUUUAUACAAAGAUUUAGAACUAUAAACACUAAGAUGUUCCUUGUUGCAAUAUUGGUAUCAAAUUUUAACUAUGUUUUAUUCCAAAAUCGGGUCACAGUCAGGUAUGUGAUGACCUGAACACCAGGGGCCCGUCUUACAAAGAGUUGCGAUUGAUCCGAUUAAUCGCAACUAUGGAAAGCCAGCAAAGUCAACAUAUAAAAUGCAUGUUAGUUCGAAAGAUUUUCUAGAUAUGAAUGUAUAUCCAUGAAUUUAUUGAUUUCUUGACAAUUUGGUGUGUUCUCCUUUGUUUACAAAGGACAUUUUGCAAAUUUCUUGUAGAAAAAAUUAUGGCACUGAUGGAUUUCCAUAGAGUUACAAUUGAUUGGAUCAAUUGUAACUCUUUGUAAGACGGGGCCCUAGUGUCAGAUGCUGAAACAUGCAUGUUUUUAGCACCUACCCAGAUAGUGAUUUUCUUGGCUGCUGCAGACCAGAGCAAAUGUCGCCGGAGCAAAUGUUGUGCCACCGCCACUGCUUAAUUGCCAAUGAAUAUUAAUAUAUUUAUACCGUAAAACUUGGUAUUAAUGAUAACAAUCACUUUAUAUGAAUGAUAUCAUAUUUCAGACAGUUUUGACCUUUUCACCCCACCUUACAUUGUGAGAAUAUUUGGCCCAGAUGCAUCAAAGCAUGAGAAAAUUAAAAGCAGUAUGGAUAAAUACUUCUA